UUCAAGCUGGAGCGAUCAGGCCCGGUAUGCGUGGACAGCCUGGCGGUCUCCGACGGGCCCGGUGCACCGCUCCGCCCCGUCGGCGAAGUGGCUGCUCGUUCCGAACCCUCCCUACUGCGCCUACUUGACCAUGACAAAACCCAAAUCAGCCGCGCUUGUGAUCGUCUCUCGUCUUUCUGUAAGAAACUCCGACGUACCAUCAGCGACGUGGAAACUCCUAAAAAGGCCGAGCUGGCUACGGAAAAGAAGGGCGCUGCGUCGCGCAAGGACGGCUCAAAGGUGACGACUGUUGUGGCGACGCCGGGGCAGGGCCCCGACCGGCCGCAGGAAGUGAGCUAUGCCGACAUGAAGCUCAUCGGUAACGGCAGCUUCGGCGUCGUCUACCAGGCCAAACUAUGUGACACCGGCGAGCUCAUUGCCAUCAAAAAAGUGCUCCAGGACAAAAGGUUUAAGAAUCGAGAACUUCAAAUUAUGCGACGGCUGGAGCACUGUAAUAUUGUCAAAUUGAAAUACUUCUUUUACUCUAGUGGAGAAAAGGCGGCAGUGCCCGCAGCAGUCAGUACGUUGUUAAGCGCAAUGCAGUCUAUUGAAGUCACAAAGGACGAAGUGUACCUGAACCUGGUGCUGGAGUAUAUCCCCGAAACUGUGUAUAAAGUGGCACGUCAUUACUCCAAAGAUGAACAAACCAUACCCAUUAGUUUUAUAAAGCUGUACAUGUACCAGUUGUUCAGAAGUCUGGCGUACAUCCACUCGCUGGGCAUCUGCCACCGGGACAUCAAGCCACAAAACUUACUCCUGGACCCCAAGACGGGCGUCCUAAAGCUGUGCGACUUCGGGUCGGCGAAGCACCUCGUGCGUGGCGAGCCUAACGUCUCGUAUAUCUGCUCGCGUUACUACCGCGCGCCGGAACUUAUUUUCGGCGCUAUAGAUUAUACCACUAAAAUCGAUGUGUGGAGCGCGGGUUGCGUAGUAGCAGAGCUGUUGCUCGGACAACCCAUCUUCCCGGGAGACUCCGGCGUAGACCAACUCGUGGAAAUCAUCAAGGUCUUAGGCACUCCCACGCGGGAACAGAUCAGAGAAAUGAACCCGAACUACACAGAAUUCAAAUUCCCUCAGAUCAAGAGUCAUCCAUGGGCGAAGGUGUUCCGCGCGUGCACGCCGCCGGACGCCAUCUCGCUGGUGUCGCGGCUGCUGGAGUACACGCCCGGCGCCAGGCUGUCGCCGCUGCAGGCGUGCGCGCACAGCUUCUUCGACGAGCUGCGCGAGCCCGCCGCGCGCCUGCCCAACGGCCGCGCGCUGCCGCCGCUGUUCAACUUCACGGAGUACGAGCUCAACAUCCAGCCCAGCCUCAACGACUUCCUCAAGCCCCGCGCCUGCCCGCCCGCCGCCGACGCGCCCUGCGCCAGCCACCAGCCCGAGCUGGACCAGGACCCGACGUGUGAGUGCCAUGUCCACCACCCCCCACCCCCUGCAACAUGCAGCCCAGCCUCAACGACUUCCUCAAGCCCCGCGCCUGCCCGCCCGCCGCCGACGCGCCCUGCGCCAGCCACCAGCCCGAGCUGGACCAGGACCCGACGUGUGAGUGCCAUGUCCACCACCCCCCACCCCCUGCAACAUGCAGCCCAGCCUCAACGACUUCCUCAAGCCCCGCGCCUGCCCGCCCGCCGCCGACGCGCCCUGCGCCAGCCACCAGCCCGAGCUGGACCAGGACCCGACGUGUGA